CUGCUGCACGUCUGUUUCAACUUGUGAUGUAGCUUGUCCUGGCAAGCAGUCCGGCAGUCAGUCUCAUUAUAAAAUAAAGCUACCUCAAGAAGUAAUUUGCUCAUUUACAGGACCUCCAGAGGGUUGAGAGGUACCAACUAAAGUUGCAUAUAUCUUUAAGCUUUGUAAACCUCUGCCUCUUCCCCCAUUCUCUCUUUCUCUAAAGCAAGGCAGAACCUCUUGGAAAUGAUGGUACUGGAAACUCUGAAUCCAAUGCACUACAUCACCAGCCUAGUACCAGAUGUGAUGCAAGUGGCCACAGUGCCCAUCCUCAUUCUUAUGUGCUUUCUAUUUCUCAUAUGGAAUCAUGAAGAAACAUCAUCCAUACCAGGGCCAGGAUACUGUAUGGGAAUUGGCCCCCUCAUUUCACAUGGAAGAUUUCUCUGGAUGGGAGUAGGUAAUGCCUGCAACUACUACAAUAAGAGAUACGGAGAAUUUGUGAGAGUUUGGAUCAGCGGUGAAGAAACAUUAAUAAUCAGCAAAUCUUCAAGUGUAUUCCAUGUAAUGAAACAUUGGAACUAUGUUUCUCGAUUUGGGAGCAAGCUUGGAUUACAGUGCAUUGGCAUGUAUGAAAAUGGGAUCAUAUUUAAUAACAACCCAGCACACUGGAAAGAAAUUCGACCCUUUUUCACCAAAGCCCUGUCUGGUCCUGGUCUCGUGCGUAUGAUAGCCAUUUGUGUUGAAUCAACAAUUGAUCACCUGGACAAACUAGAAGAAGUGACCACUGAAGUAGGAAACAUCAAUGUGUUGAAUCUUAUGAGACGGAUCAUGCUUGACACAUCUAACAAACUCUUUCUAGGGAUCCCUUUGGAUGAAAGUGCCAUUGUACUUAAGAUUCAGAACUACUUUGAUGCUUGGCAAGCACUUUUACUAAAGCCUGACAUCUUUUUUAAGAUUUCUUGGCUGUGCAAGAAAUAUGAAGAGGCAGUCAAGGAUUUGAAAGGAGCAAUGGAAAUCUUAAUCGAACAGAAGCGACAAAAGCUUUCCACUGUUGAAAAGUUAGAUGAGCACAUGGAUUUUGCAUCCCAGCUGAUUUUUGCACAGAACAGAGGAGAUCUGACUGCUGAGAAUGUGAACCAGUGUGUGCUGGAGAUGAUGAUUGCUGCUCCUGAUACUCUGUCUGUGACUCUCUUCUUCAUGCUAAUAUUGAUUGCUGAGCACCCCACAGUGGAAGAGAAGAUGAUGAGAGAAAUUGAAACUGUUAUGGGUGACAGAGAUGUGCAGAGUGAUGACAUACCAAACCUGAAAAUUGUGGAGAAUUUUAUUUAUGAGAGCAUGAGAUACCAGCCUGUUGUGGACUUGAUCAUGAGAAAAGCUUUACAAGAUGAUGUGAUUGAUGGCUAUCCUGUGAAAAAGGGGACAAACAUUAUUCUCAACAUUGGACGUAUGCAUAAGCUUGAAUUCUUCCCAAAGCCAAAUGAGUUUUCUCUUGAAAAUUUUGAGAAGAAUGUUCCUUCACGCUAUUUUCAACCAUUUGGAUUUGGCCCUCGGGGCUGUGUAGGAAAGUUUAUUGCCAUGGUAAUGAUGAAAGCAAUUCUGGUGACUCUUCUGAGACGGUGCAGAGUACAGACAACGAAAGGAAGAGGACUUAACAACAUCCAGAAAAACAAUGACUUAUCCAUGCACCCAAUAGAAAGGCAGCCUCUGCUGGAAAUGGUUUUUACACCAAGAAGAAAUACAAACAAGAAGCAGAGUGACUAAAAUGGAUCAGCAUUAAAGUUAGAGGGCAUUCUCAGCCAGUUACAUUAAGAAGUGCCCCUCACUCCUAGGUAAAGAUAUAAUGUAAAAUAUUUUGUUGCCCCUAAGUCACUACAGCUCCAAGUGACCACCUGUUCUGCCCAUAAAGUAGAACUAAAGUUCUGGCCAUAACUUCAAUGUAACAAAAUAAGACCAAAUUUG